CACGUCCAGGAACAUUAGGAACUUAACUGUCCCUUUAAAAGGGGGGUUGGAGUGACCCAGUCCAUAAAUAUGAGGCAGGGAUAGGCAUGCUGUCACUUUCUAAAUAGAAACUAACAGCCGAGAGCCCCUCUCUAAAAGCUUUUCUUCAACCCUGUUGUCUCUUGCACUGCUGUGGCCAGUCGAAACACACAUAGUGACAGGGUGUGCCGGGGAGUGCGGGAGGGGGUUGGGAAAACAUGCAGAGAAUGGCCUGUGCCGGAAUUGAACCCGGGCCUCUGCAUUAAGGCCUUAGCCCAAGCAGUACGCACUCUAUAGGCUGACUCCAUAAAGAUUAGUGAUGCAUCUGUUAUGUUCCUGGCUGUGUUCCCAGUCAUGGCUUUGGCUGGACGUCUGUUGUCGGAGGAGUCCUUCCUGUGCCCUAUCUGUUUGGAUGUCUUCUCCCAGCCCGUCACCACCCCAUGCGGGCACAACUUCUGCAAGAACUGCCUGCAGGGCUACUGGACCACCACCAGCGUCUGCCAGUGUCCCAUGUGUAAGCAGAAGUUUUACAGACGACCCGAGCUCAAAGUCAACACCUUCGUAUCAGAGAUGGCCUCCCAGUUCCAGAGGUCUGUGGAGCUGAGGUCCUCUGGUCCUCCCCAGGACCAGACCCCAGCCCAGACUGGGGAGGUGGCCUGUGACGUGUGCACAGGAAGCAGGGUCAGGGCCCUGAGCUCUUGUCUGGACUGCCUGGCUUCCUACUGUGAGACCCACCUGGAGCCUCACCUGGUGCUGCCCUCUUUCAAGAAGCACCAGCUCAUUAGCCCGUUACUGACCAUGGCAGACAGGAUGUGUCACAAGCAUGAGCGGCUUUUGGAGCUGUUCUGCCAAAUGGACCAGACUUAUCUGUGUCAGGUAUGUGCCAGGAGAGAGCACAGGGGCCACUGCACGGUGACCCUGGAGGAGGAGAGCAGGCUGCAGAGCGCGCAGUUGGGACAGGCUGAAGCAGAUGUGCGGAACAUGAUCCAAAGCCGCCAGCAGCAGGUGAGAGACAUCCGAAAGACGGUCCAGCUCAGCGAGAGGAAUGCGGAGAGGGAAACAGAGGAGAGUCUUGAGGUGUUCUCCGCUCUGGUGCAAUGCCUCCUAAGGAGCCAGGAGGACCUUCUGAAAGCGAUCCAGGAGAAGAAGGAAGCAGCGGAGAGGAGGGCCGAGGAGCUCGUCAAAGACCUGGAACAGGAGAUCGCUGAGCUCCAGAGGAGGAGCACUGAGCUUGAGCAGCUCUCCCACACAGAGGACCACCUCUACCUGCUCCACAAGCUCCAAAGGCCAGGCGGCCCACCGCACAGCAGGGAGUGGUCGGGGGUGGGGGUGCACGGCGUGUUGUUUGUGGGUACGGUGAGGAGAGCGGUGCGCAAAGCUACCCUCCAGCUGGAGGAGGCUGUGCGGGUGGAGGUGAAGAGGCUGUGUGGCAUAGAACUGGGAAGGGCCCAGGAAUGUGAGGUGGAUGUCACCUUGGACCCCGACACCGCCCACCCUAAACUGUUCCUUUCCGACAAUGGCAAGCAGGUCCGACACGGAGACAAAACCCUUACGCUCCUUGACGGCCCUGCCAGGUUCUUCCCAGGCAUCAGCGUGCUGGGCAGGCAGGGCUUCUCCUCUGGGAGGUUCUACUUUGAAGUGCAGGUGAAAGGCAAGGUGGAGUGGGACGUUGGGGUGGGGAAGGAGUCAGUCAACCGGAAAGGGGGGAACACCUUGAGCCCAGAGAGUGGGUAUUGGACCCUGGGCCUGAGGAACGGUAAGGACUAUUGGGCCCUCACCCCCACCCCUGUGCCCCUUCCUCUGAUAGAAAAGCCCAAGACAGUGGGGGUAUAUGUAGACUGGGAGGAGGGGCAGGUGUCCUUCUAUGAUGUGGAAUCUUGCUCUCAUAUCUACUCCUUCACGGGCUACUCCUUCGCUGAGAAACUCUUGCCCUACUUCAACCCCCAUCGGAAUAAAGGAGGAGUCAAUUCGGCCCCAUUGAUUAUCUCCCCUGUCAAUCACACCUGAGACUCCCCCUCUCAAGGAACAUACUUCAGUUUGUAUUAUUUACAGUGGUAUCUAGAGAAGAGUGUGAAACUUUCGGAUCUUCCUACUGUAGUCAAUGUAAUAA